AUGAGGUCCGUUCCUUGCUUUAUGCGGCCGCUUCUGGACCUUUGCCUCCCAUUUUCUUGGAAAUACAAGGCCCAUCUCCGCGCAGGAAAAAAGGUGCUCAUACCCGAGGUGGAACGUCGGCGAGACCUCGAAACCACCGGUGUUGACUAUGUGAAACCCAACGACUUGCUGCAAUCCAUGGUAGAAAUGACGAAUCCCGACGACGAAGAGGGUCAACCUGAUACUCUGGCCCAGCUAAUGAUGACCAUGACUGCCAUCGCCGGCCACAGCACGGCGGCAUCUGGAUCCCAUGUGAUUUUCGACCUCGUCUCUCGCCCCGAGUACAUCGACUUGCUACGUGAAGAGGCUCAAACGACGCUCCAAAAGAGCGAGAUGCGUUUCACAAAGCAGUCCUUGUCGGGUUUACGCAAAAUGGACAGCUUCAUGCGAGAAUCUCAGCGGCAUAACCCCCUUUCACUGUUGGGAUUUCUUCGCGUCGUCAAAGCGCCCGCCGGCAUCACUCUGCAAGACGGCACGCACGUCCCGUACGGCACGCAGCUCUGCAUCCCGCCGCACUCCAUCUCCAGCGAUCCGACGGUGCUCGAGGACGCCGAAUCGUUCAACGGGCUUCGCUACUACGAGCAGCGCCGCCGGGACCCCGGCCAGGAAAACAAACACCAGUACGCUACCACGGACAAGAUUCACUUGCAUUUUGGUUAUGGCAAAUGGGCUUGUCCGGGGCGUUUCAUGGCCUCCGACAUGAUGAAGAUGAUUGUUGCUACGCUCUUGCUGCGCUAUGACAUCAAGUAUCCGGAUGGGAAGGGGAGGCCGACAAAUGGACAUAUUCAUGAGUUUCCGUUUAUGAAUAUCUACACGAAGCUCUUGAUGAAGAGACGGGAUGAUCUGCCGGUCGUGUAG